AAAACUUGAAUUAAGCCUUCAUAUUAUUGUUAUUAUUAUUAUUAUUUAUCUAGCCUUUAUUGCAUAAUUUGCCUUCAAUCAGAUUCCAUUUGCAACCCAAAACGAAAGAGAAAGAGAGAGACCGAGUGGAGAUCUCCUAAAAGAUAGCAGUGAGUGAGCAGAAGAGAAGAGAAGAGAAGAGAAGAAUAAUGGAGGAGAUAAAGGUGGAUGAGAAGGAAGCGUUGGCAUGCUGCGGUAGCUCCCAAUUCGCUAAGCAAAUGGCUUUGGCAUCUCCAUUUCCUUCAGUCGAUCAUGCUAUCUCUGUAGCCAAGGAUAUCUGGUUCGACAAGGUUGAUGUUAUUGGUUGGUUGGAAGCAUUUGCAGCUCAUCCUCAGAUUGGAGAAUCCCCUUCUUCUCAUACCAAAAGUGCUCAGUGGAGUAAGGGAGAACAAUCAACUGCUUUAGCAACUGCCACUGAUUCUGGGUUACAGGAACUAUCUGACUGGAAUGCUCGAUAUAGGCAAAAAUUUGGACAUGUAUUUCUAAUAUGUGCUUCUGGGAGGAGCGCUGCUGAAAUACUUGGUGAAUUGAAGAAACGGUACUCAAACAGGCCCAUACAUGAGCUUGAGAUAGCAUCCCAGGAGCAAAUGAAAAUAACAGAAUUACGCCUUAGAAAGCUUUUCUCAGCUAAAGCAAAAGCUGAUUCAACAGGCAGCCAGUACUCAACGGCGGUAGCAAAAGAACGUGUGGGCAUAAUUGGACAGCAUUUAACUGCUCCUUUAGAAGGUUUUCCUGCAAAAGCUCCUCAAGUCCAAGCUCGAACUCGACCACCAAUCACUACUCAUGUAUUAGAUGUUUCUAGGGGAUCUCCAGCUGCUGGUAUUGAAGUACGUUUGGAAAUGUGGAAGAGCAGUCAACCUCGUCCAUCAUUUGGUGGAACUGAUAUAGGCGGAUGGGUACUUGAAGGAUGUUCAACUACUGAUAGAGAUGGACGGAGUGGUCAGUUGAUGAGCAUAGUAGAUGCUCUCAGCCCUGGAGUAUACCGAAUAAGUUUCAACACAGGUAAGUACAACCCUGGAGGCUUUUUCCCCUAUGUCUCAAUUGUGUUUGAAAUCAAAGACACACAGAAAUUCGAGCAUUUUCACGUUCCUUUGCUGCUUUCACCAUUCUCCUUCUCGACAUACCGAGGGAGCUAGAGGAACCAUAUUUUCUUAUAGAAUCCACAAUACUUGAACAUGCUUGCAUGGGGUUAACUGACUUGAUGGGUUCAUCUUUUGAUAUCAUUACUGUUUGUAUGUGGUGUAAAUGGAGAAUUUCACCAUUUUAUUCCAAUAAAAAACUCGUGUCGAAUAAGAUUGUAGCUUGAAAAAACAUUCUAAUCCUUCGGUAGUUUGGUAUUUGUGGUUCAUGUCUAAAGUUUGAUCUUAACCUUACAAUAUUAAAUAUACCAUUUAAAGUGGCCUCUUUAAUUA